GAAAGAAGCAUUUAUUUUGACAUUUGGCGGCACAUAAUUCAAAUCGAGGAUGAGUAAAAUAGAAAAGUAACGUUGGUUGCGAUAUACAGAAGAAGAUAAUAUUUCCACAGCUCCACGAGCUCUUUUCGAAAGCAUCAUAUUUAAAAUGUAUCAAGGGAUGACACAGAGACCUCUGGCUCUGAGCAAGACAGUGAGCCAGAGCUGCCAGGAGAUGUCAUCGAGCCCCUGACAUCAAGCACCAGAUAUGCUGUUCCAAAAGGACCUAAUGACAUUUCAAGAUCCAGAGAAGAGGGUCCUGUACAGCCGUGUUUGAAAUCAUUUCCCAGAACUCGGCAUGGUACUAGGAAAAGGGCUUUCAACAGCUCCUGGUAUAAAGGCCAAUUCAUGGUUUGAAUAUUCUAUUGCCUUCAUUGGGAGUGGGCAGGAAGUCGACAGUCUGUCACAGAAGUGGGGGUUUGAGGCCUUGGCUGUUACACAGCUUGGACAGUAUGAGUUCUUCAUGCCAGGGAUGGUGGACACCCACAUCCACGCGUCUCAGUACAGCUAUGCAGGCACAGCCCUGGACCUGCCCCUGCUACAGUGGCUCAACACGUACACCUUCCCAGUGGAGGCCUGCUACAAAGACUUGGAGUUCGCCCGCAACGUCUACACCCAUGUCGUGAAAAGAACCCUGAGAAACGGUACCACUACGGCUUGUUACUUUGCCACCAUACACACCGACGCUUCUCUCCUGCUGGGCCAAAUCGCAAAUGAUUUUGGACAGCGUGCCCUUGUGGGCAAGGUGUGUAUGGAUACAAACAACUUUGUCCCACAUUACAGAGAGACGCCAGACGAGUCCCGUGACGAAACCAACAGGUUCAUUAAUGAGAUGUUGAAGAAGAAGUACCCUCUUGUAAUGCCAGUGGUGACCCCGCGCUUCGCCCUGUCUUGCUCUGCUACCCUGCUGGGUCACCUGGGAGAGAUCGCCAAGAAUAACCACCUGCACAUCCAGAGUCACAUCAGUGAGACGAAGGAGGAGGUGAAGCUGGUGAAGGAACUGUUUCCAGACUAUGACUCCUACACAGACGUCUACCACAAACACAACCUUCUCACUGACAAGACUGUGAUGGCUCACGGUUGUCACCUAACCGAUGAAGAGCUGAAGCUGUUCAGAGAGAAAGGGGCGUCCGUCGCUCACUGUCCCAAUUCCAACAUCUCGUUGUGCAGUGGUAUGCUAGAUGCCCGCAGGGUUCUGAACCACAAAGUAAAGCUGGGGCUGGGCACAGAUGUGGCAGGAGGCUACUCUCCCUCUAUGCUGGAUGCGGUGCGGAGAACGUUGGAUACCUCUAAAGCCUUGACCAUCCAGGACCCCCAGUACCAAACGCUCACCUUCGAGGAGGUCUUCAGACUGGCCACACUGGGAGGCAGCCAAGCCCUGUCCCUGGAUGAGCAUACAGGAAACUUUCAGGUAGGGAAAGACUUUGAUGCUCUGCGGGUGAACACGGCCAUAGCAGGAGGACCCAUUGAUCUCAUCAACCACGGAGAGGGGCCUACGGUGCUCCUGGAGAAGUUCUUGAAUUUGGGGGAUGAUCGGAACAUUGCGGAGGUGUACGUGGCAGGGAAGAGAGUGGUCCCAUUCGUGGAAACAACAUAGAUUUGGGUUUGGUUGCUGGAUUGUUGUCAAUCUUGUUACCAUCUGUCUGAACCCUCUACCAGUUUACCUGACUGCUGUUGUAACAGGACAGGAGGUGAUGAGGAAAAUGUAUUCAACGAGAGGGAUUAUUACUCUAUAUACAGUGUGUGUGUUUUCAAUCAUCUAGUGUAAUUACAUACAGUUAAAUUCAAUGGAUGAUAUUGCUGCUCAUCGUGAAGUUCAGAGUGAAUCCUAUGUUGUCAUACUUAUGUCGUAACCCAAAGAACAUCAUUGUCUGUUGUUUUUGUUAUUUCAAAGUCGAGGGAAAUGUGUGUGUUUAUGAAUGUAGGUUUAUUCAAUUCAAGUAACUUGUAUUUCCUGAGAGGGAACUUCAUCUAUGGUGACGGCUUGAUAUUAACAAGAUAUAUAACAACACAGCAACAUAGAACACGAACACAUGUGCAGUAUAAUAGAUUAGAUGCAAUCAUAGGCUAUAUACAAACACAAAUAAAAAUGUCAAGGGUUGAAGAGUUUGAUGGAUGAUGGCACAAAACUAGAAGCUGCUCUCUUAGACUUUGUAUGCCAGAGAUCUAUGUAUCUCUGCGCCAGGAGGGAAAAGGGAGUUGUACUGGUCCAAAACUUAUCUCCGUGUGUAAGGUCCAAAGCUAUUUGUUCCCCCUAUUGUAUCUGUAGCUUUGCAUUUGUCCGGAUUUUACAGCAUCCUUGAUUUCGUCUCGGGCCUAACAACACAAGUGCCAAUAUAUCCUCCAAACACCGGUUUCUCUGGCAUUAGCACUUAACGGUCAUUAUUAUGCAACUGCUGUUCCAUGCUACAGUGCUGAGUUUAGCAGAAAAAGCUACAGAGUAUCUGCAUGAUUUUAAGUGAAAAUGUGUCUCUUUUUGUUUGUAAAAUUUUUCGAGUUUUCACACCUGGAGGCAAAGGUUUUAACACAUUAUUGAUAGUGGUUCCAGGAUAAAGUGUAGGGUUAUAUGAAAGUAUAGAGGCUGAACACUGCAAACAGAAUAGCUUUUAAAUUAUUUUGUUAAAGCAAACAUUCCUCCAAGCCAGAUAUUUUCCCCGUCUCACUAUAACACACAGAUCUACUGCACUGUAGACCCAUCUGUGUGUGACAGAUGACAAGCUAGAAGUGACCAUGUCCAUUUGACAGCCUACCAUAGCACAAUGUGGGAUGUCUGUCAUAGACAGGUCCACUAUAAAGACUUACAGAGAUUAGAGUUUCUGGUCCACAGCAAACACAUCCCAUUAUUUAUCAUAAUUGUCAAGCUGUGUUUAAUUUGAGCCGGAUACUGCUGGAACAGGAGUGUUACCUUCCUUCUUCAAGAGGUCACCAAUGAACCUAGAGCAACACACAAAACCGUUUUGGGACUGUUUCGUUCUGGAACCUAUUUGGCUGGAUGGCAAUGAUUAAAAUACAAAAUGUCAAAGUAGCCUGUCAUUACGAUCAUUUAUGCGGUAUUAAAACAGAUUCUGCCAAAGUCUCCAGUUGUGUAAAAUGACUGAGGUAAAGUUUCAAGUUGGAUAUUCGACAGAUAUUCACGCUUUCAAACCUCAAUAGCUUUCAAACCACUUGAGCCACAGAUUCCAAAUAAGUGUCAUGAUGUUGGAAAUAUUGCACACAUUGCGCAGGUCUUAUUUUCACGAUUUGGACAUUUUAAUUCGUUUUCCAAAGCUUUAAAAAAACGUGGAAAUGUGAGCAGGAUUUUUUUGUAUUCCUAGUUGAAUUAGUUAGGGAGUGUAAACAGUUUACAUUUGAAUUUCAAAAGCUCCUUGGUCAUGUGACCUACUUGACUCAAACAAGGUUCAGAUUGUCCACUGACUACCCUACUAUUAUUGCACACCCUUUGGUUGGUUCAUUUUCAUCUCACACGUGGACAUUCUGAAGUUCGUUUGAGUCCAGUAGGUCACAUGACCAAGGAGCUAUUGAAGUUUUAAAUUCUGAAAAAUUCAUGUAAAAUCGAGUGAGAUGAAAAUGGACAAACUAAAGGGUGUGUAGGCCCACUGAGUGUACAUUCUGAACCUUGUUUGAAGUCAGUAGGUCACAUGAUCAAGGAGCUAUUGAAAUGUUAAAAUUCACGAUGAGCAGCAUUGUACACCCUUUAGUUUGUCCAUUUUCAUCUCACUUGAUUUUAAAUUAAUUUUUCAGAAUUUAAAACUUCAAUAGCUCCUUGGUCAUGUGACCUACUGGACUCAAACGAACUUCAGAAUGUCCACGGACUAGCCUUGUAUAUUGCACAUUCUUGUUUGUACUGUAAAAUCACGCAGUGUAACGUACAUUUUUCAUAGUUUAACAUUUCAAUAGCUCCUUGGUCAUGUCAAUUACACACCUAAGAAUUGUGCAGUGAGUAUACACCCAUAUCGCAUAACCUCUAGUCAUGUAUCUUCUAUAUUGUAAAUUAAUAUUAGUUUGACAAUUAGGGGGUUCAGUCCAGUGUUGUGUUUACCCUUUUCUUUAAUAUCUAUCUAUAAUUAUUGGUAGUUCUAAGUACUUAUUUUCCCUGUUUUUAUUUUGCCACAGUAUUUAACAGCGGUACACAUUAGGAGAGAGACAGAUAUUUCAUCGUUAAUAUCAACCAUAAAGGAAAAUGGCAAAGUACGAGAGUCAUUGUCCAAAGCAGGAAUGGAGAGUGAGCUAUUGAGGUAGGCUGCAGUGGGUUUGCUGGGCAAUACAUAUAUAUACUGAACAUGUAACCACAGUAAUGGUGGCCAGAAAAUCAACGAAUAAAAAUGUUAUAUUGACAAAUUAAACAAAAUGUAGAUCUUUAAUCUUCUCCAACAUGUCAAGAGACACUUUACUUCACAUAAGUACAAAACAUUUCACAGUGUUAACUCUAUCCCUGGCUGUACAUGUCAGAGCCUCUUCAGUGUGUAUGGGGUAUAGCAUACAUUUUCAACAACAAAGACUGCACUUCCAGUUUGUGUUCUUUACUCUGUUGAACUCUUUAGUCUUCAUACCUAGUUACAGCACGUGGAACCAACGCAGUACGACGAAUUAGCCAUCCAUUGUGUUAUAUCAUAAAUUGUCUUACAUGCCAUCACUGUUGUCAGAAACAUGUUAAAUAACGUUACUAACCCAGUCAGUCUGAGCCACAUCCAGUUUUUUUUUAAUGAAUUUUUUAUUUCACCUUUAUUUAACCAGGCAGGCCAGUUGAGAACAAGUUCUCAUUUAAAACUGAUCUGGCCAAGAUAAAGCAAAGCAGUGUGACAAAAACAACAAUGCAGUUAGACAUGGGAUAAACAAAUGUACAUUCAAUAACACAAAAAAAAAAAAAAGUCUAUAUACAGUGAAGGUUCUUUAUCAGUGGCACACAUGAAGCAGUUGUUGGCUUUGUUGAACUCUGAAAUCAUAGCCAUGAACUGAACAUAUGGCUGUCCCACACAACUACAUCAAAAUAAAGAAUGUACUUUUAAUUAAAUGUCAUUACAUACCAGACGUUUCUUUUUGCACUUGCUCCAUGUGGUUUUGUGAAGGUUCUAUAUCAUGUUGGGGAAGUUCUGUGCAUCUUCCUUGGCCAUCUACACCAAUAAAUAAAAUAUAGUUUUUGACCUAAUGGUCGCAUAACA